AUGCUCAAAUCCAACGAGAUCCUGCCGUACCCUCGCGCUUCUUGCCAAGGCAGAAGGUUGUUGGCGAUCGGCGCGCAGAUUCACAUUAGCACCGCCGCCAUAUCAAUCGCGCUGAGAGCCGACCUUGGGCCGCUCCCGCUAUUGGAUAUCACGUCGCGCAUCGAGGUGAUCGGACGCUACGACGAGUCACAUUACAGAGUCGUUGCAGGGCGCGAAGAUGACAGCACAGUAUCAAAGUACAUGAUCAUUGACGGUGGGCAUCGAGUCAAGGCCGCGAGCCAGUUGAACGCCAAAUUUCAGGAUGAACGGAAAAUUUCCACAGUGGGCCUUCCAUUAGCUGGCAGCGCGCUGUACCAUUGGUUGCUAAUCAAAACCUUGGGUUUUGCACAUCCAGCUGCCGGCCUUUGUACUCCGCUCGGACAUGCCGGGAUGGAGCGCGUGCAGUUAGCCAUCUCGCUCAACCUGACGACCCAGUCCACUACGCCGGACACGUAUGCCGAUAACCUGUUGAUGAUAAACCGCUUGAUGAACAUCCGCAUGGCUGAGCUAGGAAAAGAACCCACUUUGGAGAUCCUCGCCGCGGACUGUCGGGCAACGGGAAUGAAGAUAGCCGGACCUUCCCUUGGGCACAAUCGCCAUGUGAUAAAAGCAGGGCCUCGCGCUUUGAAGCUCAUUUGCAACAUGUUUGCAGAAGAGCCAAAGCGGUUUUUGCCAAGGUAAGCUUUGGACCCAAAAAUUCAGCCAAUCCAUUGUUUACCCGGGGAGGCAGCGGAAGGCCCGGGUUGUUACAAUCACCGUUUUCCCUUUCUCUUGACUUGAUUGCCCGCUUGCCGAGCCGCCACAGACUGUGGACCCUCGGGAAGACUGCAAACACGCGGGUGUGGCAUUGGAUGGAACAUGAGUUUCAUAGCCGUUAUUAGUUGGGUCGUGCCUCGUGCUGCCUGCCAGCAUGAGGAGUGGCCGGUCGGGGCGACCGCGUAAGGCGUCCUAGGCGUGGUGGCCCCUCUUGAGAGCCGCUGCACACGUCCAUCCCACUCCACUGGGACUGACCCCUUUGAAAUUGCUGAACAUAACAGCGUGCUGCGUAAACCAUUUGUGUCCU